GCGCUUAGAGUGCACCUCUUGCACGCGACUGAGUACAUUAUUAUUGCGAUGUCAAACGACCUCUCUUGACUUGUCCGCACGCACACGCGCAAACACGCGGACUGCGAUUACAACAACUGGAGUGGCGCGCACAAGUAGCUCGUGUUUAUGUAAUGCCAUAUGUGACUGGGAGUGUGUGUGUGUGUGUGUGUGUGUGUGUGUGCGCGCGCGCGCGCGCGCUGGAGCUGGCGCGAGCUGGUCCAGCACCGCCGCGGCGACAGCGGUCACACGUUAAACAUCAGCGACCCGUGCGUGUUAUUCUGCGGAUUGAAGAGGGCUCGUGCGGAUUUGACCCGUCAUAUAGGAGGGCGCUCGAGCUCCACCGGCACGCACGUAGCCUAGACCCGGUGAAAUCGUCACGCGGAUAGAAUCUGUGGAUUCUAUCGCGAGUGUGUUCCUGCGCGGCUGGAGAGCAUCCCGACAGAGCGCAAGGACCGGUCGGUCGGUCGGUGAGGGUCGGUAGACCGCGUGGAGGGGAGACAGAGAGGGGCUUGCGCUGCACUCCUGGCCGAAUCGGAGCAUCCCACUCCCGGCAGCAUCCAUCCCUCCGCGCCUCAGCGCCAGCGGGAGGCCCAGAGCGGCGGCAGGAUGUAGCAGCGGAUUAACGGAGGAGAGAGGGACGCUCAGAGGAAGAGAGCGGGACCGAGCAGACCGAGGAGGGACAGAGAGGACAUGGGGAAGGACCAGGAGCUGCUCCAGGCCGUAAAGACCGAGGACUUGCUGACAGCUCAGCGGCUUCUUCAGAGACCUCGGCCAGGCAAAGCCAAGCUCCUUGGAGCAGCAAAGCGGGUGAACGUCAACAUCCAGGAUGCAGAUGGGUUGUCACCGCUGCACCAUGCUGCUCUGAGUGGUAACAAGGAGCUGAUCUCUCUGCUAUUGGAGGCCCAGGCAGCAGUGGAUAUUAAAGACCAUAAAGGAAUGCGUCCUCUGCAUUACGCUGCAUGGCAGGGGAAGACUGAGCCAAUGAAAAUGCUGCUGAAGGCAGGCUCGUCAGUCAACGGACAGUCAGAUGAAGGACAGAUCCCCCUCCACCUAUCAGCUCAGCAUGGACACUAUGAUGGGUCGGAGAUGUUGCUACAACACCAAUCCAACCCGUGUAUCUCAGACUCAGCUGGCAAAACUCCAUUGGACCUCGCCUGUGAAUUUGGGCGCGUCGCAGUGGUCCAGCUCCUGCUCAGCAGUAAUAUGUGUGCAGCCAUGCUGGAACCAAAACCUUCCGACCCCAACGGAGUGUCACCUCUACAUCUCGCUGCCAAGAACGGACACAUUGAUGUCAUACGGUUGCUGAUUCAGGCUGGUAUAGAUAUCAACAGACAGUCUGAGUCUGGCACAGCGCUACAUCAGGCAGCCCUCUGUGGGAAGACAGAGGUAGUACGCCUGCUGCUGGAUAGCGGCAUCAGUGCAGGCGUGAGAAACACUCUGAGUCAAACUGCUCUGGACAUUGUUAACCAAUUCACCACCACACAGGCCAGCCGAGAGAUCAAACAACUACUGAGAGAUGCUUCAGCUGCGAUGCAGGUGCGAGCACUGAAGGAUUACUGCAACAACUACGACCUUACCAGCCUUAACAUCAAAGCUGGAGACAUUAUCACGGUUUUGGAGCAGCACUCUGAUGGCCGAUGGAAAGGCUGUAUUCACGACAACCGCACAGGAAAUGACCGUGUGGGCUACUUCCCCUCCAACAUGGUGGAAGUCAUCAAGAGGGCAGGUUCACGGACUGCAGAGCCAAGUCCUCAAGGCUCUCCAACUCUGGGACAGCAGAGCAACACCAGCGAGGAUAUCUGGGUGCUACGCAAACCGUUGGCAGGUGGCGAGCGCAGUGGCAGUGUGGGCAGCAUCGGCAGUGUUCGUUCAUCAAGCAGCUUGCAGAGUUCUGGAAACACACAUGUUCUGACCACCCCCGCCCCCAGUCCACACCCGGCAACCACACCAGGAGUCAACACACAUGGCCUUAACGCUCCAGGCCUGCACGCACAAGCUGAAGGGGUCAAGCUCCUGGCCACCGUGCUGUCCCAGUCGGUAAAGGCUAAGGAGCAUCUCUUGGAGCAGUCGCAGUCUGUUGAGCAGUCAGCGAGCUCCUCCAGUUGCACAGUUCAUGAACAGCGGUCAUUUGAGCGGAAGGCAGAAGAGGACGAUGGGAAAAAGCAGGCAGUAGUGGCGUGGCUGGGUGAGUUUCAGCUGCAGUUCUACACCACCCACUUCCUCACCGCGGGAUAUGAUCUAGACACCAUUAGCCGCAUGACCCCUGAGGACCUGACGGCAAUUGGGGUCAUGAAGCCUGGACAUCGAAAGAAGUUAACAUCAGAGAUCAGCAAGCUUCCCUCCACAGACUGGCUGCCGGACCACAAGCCUGCCAAUCUGGCAGACUGGCUGUCUCACCUGGGUCUUAGUCAGUACUACCAGGUUCUGGUUCAGAAUGGGUAUGAAAACAUUGACUUCAUCUCUGACAUCAGCCUUGAGGAUCUGCAAGAGAUUGGUAUUACUAAGCUCGGCCAUCAGAAGAAGCUGAUGUUGGGAGUGAAGAGACUGAAGGAGAUACAGAGAGGAGAAAGUAUCUCUGAGCCUCCUCAGAGCCCCUCUACACCUCCAUCCAGCCCAGGUGGCAGCACCGGCUCAGAGCCACGGAGACAGGUGAGGAAGCAGAGGGACGGUGCCCCCAGCCCGCUGGCCAAACCUCGCCCAGGUCUCGCACAUUCACAAACCCCCCCACAAACUCCACCUCAGACUCCCCCGCAUGGCCGGACCCAGCAGGCCUCCCCCAGAGCUCAGCCACGUCCCUCCACCCAGAUGACAGCAACAGAUUCAUCAGUACCGCUGCUCCGUCUCCCCAGUGAGGAGGAAGAGCGACGGAGAACUCAUAGUCUAAUUGGCUCAGAAUCAGACUCUAGAUACGCCACCGUGUGCCGCAGCAGCUCCGCACAUACUGCCGCCCCUAAUGAUGUCACCGUUAACCGCAGCCAAUCAUCUGUCACGCUCCGCCCCCGUCGGAAAGGUCGGCCCCCAACACCACCUAAACGGUCUUGUUCUUCCAUUACUGGGGGUGACGGGGAGGGAGAGGGACAAGUGGAGGGGCUACUAGGGCUGCCAACCUAUCGAGAGCGGCGAGCCAGUGACUGCGGCAGCCUGGGAUCAGCUUUAAGAUCUCAGCAGUCAGCGGGCCUGGAGAGAUCAGAGGGGGCUUCUGGGAGUGUUCGCAGCCUCGCCGCUAUGCUGGAGUCAUCCAUCGUGGGUGGAGCCAAAACCCUGCCAAGGAAUCUGGGAGGCAGCACCAGCUACCUACAGGUGAGUCCACCCACACUUCGUCGGCAGGCAGGCGCAGGGGGUCUUGGAUCUGAGGAAGAGGAUGUCUUAAUUCGCCGCAGGACCAUCAGUGGACUAGAAGGCCUCCCCAGUGAUCAGACUGACCUGUUAGCUCGACAACCGGCCCAGCAACGUCCGGAGCCACGGCCCCGCUCCACCGUAGUCCCCUUAGCAUCAGAGAUCACAGACAGCACAGCAACGCUCAGAAGGAAGCCUCGUCCUCUGCCAACAGACUCUGAAGCACCUGCAUCCGCGACCACCACUGUUGUUACCAUGACAACUGGUUCCGACACCAUCCGCAGGAGACCGCACACGCCCGACCAUACGGAAAGGGUCAGUCAAAGCAAUAACCAACCACACUCUCCCAGCAGUCAAACAGAUAGUAGCCGGAAAAACGGAGGUGAGCUGCCGCAGCAGAACGGCGGUGUGGUCCUGAGGCGGAGGCCCGUGUCUGAGGUCUCUGAUAGAACAGAGACCAGCAGAGAGAGCUGUGAGUGGAUGGAGGCUAGGAAGUCUCUGAAGCCACCAGUCUCACCCAAACCAUCCACGGUCACCCUGAAGAAGACACAAGCUGACCCUCCAACUCCGACUCGCAGGGUCCCCAUACCGGGGCCUGAUAACGCUGAGUUGGCACAGAGCCCUGAGCCGAAGCGUGUCCCUCCUCCUGUGUCCCCAAAACCCCGUGGACCUCCAACAGCACCCAAACCAGGCAAAGCAAUAGUAGUUUCAGCUACCGUGAGCCCAAGUCCUGCUGCUACCAGCCCAGCUGCAGGCAGCCCCACCCCGGCCCCCAAACCCUCCUCUCCUCCCUCUACCGCCCCCCUUCCAGCUCCUGACACCCCUUCUGCUCCCUCCCUCUCUCCGGGACUCCCUCUUACUUCCCCCUCUCCGGCCCAGAGUCCCUCCACCCCCUCUCCACACCCUGUCAAACCUCCCCGCUCCUCCAUCGCCGGCCUCUCCAUCGACCUGCUGGGAGGACGGGAGGUGGAGGAGGAAGAGGAGAGGAGGAGAGAGGAAGAGGAGAGGAGGAGAGAGAGGGAGCACAAGAGGCACAAGGAGCAGGAGGAGGAGAAAAAGAGAGCAGAGGAAGAGAAUCUGAGAGAGGUGGAGGGUCACGUAGAGGAAGAAGAGCAGGAGGAGGAGGUGCGGCAUCGUUUGGAGGAGACCAGUGCCUCCUUGGCGGCAGCUGUGCAGGCUGUAGAACAUAAAAUGAAAGAGGAGGACGCACAAAACGACUCUCUUUCCAGCAAGAAGACAACAGUCUCCAUCUUGGACGACAUCGGCAGCAUGUUUGACGACUUGGCAGACCAAUUGGAUGCAAUGCUCGACUGAUCUCCUGCCCACGCCUCACUCCCUGCAAGCCCUCUCCCUCUCCCCCCAUCAUGUGUAGGUGUUAUCAAGAAAGCUCUCCCAAGGCUCGAUGCUGGCGCGCUGAGAGCGUGUGUGCGUGUGUGCUUGAGCGUGUGUCCCUCCUGCGUGAGCGCUUCUCAUGUAGCCUUGUACAGUACUUUGAGGAGGGAGUCCUCCUCGUCUGGUGCGGUAGCUCUAGUUCGCCUCCCGAUGCGAGGAGGCCGCUCCCACACAACCUCUGACCUCUGCAGCCAAGCGAGUCGCCGCCGCCCAGCCUCAUUCGGCUGCGUGGAUCGAGAAGCACAAUCAUUUUCCUCAUCCUUUUAUCUCUACAGACUCUGGCUAGGACAGAGAUGGUAACUCAGUCAGACAGGGAGACAGACUGAUAAGCAUAUUGCUUGCAAAAAUAAGCACAUAAACUGGCUGACUGACGGGAAGAUAGACAUCUAGAUAUAUAGAAAAGAUGCAUACAGAUAAGAUACCGGAGAGAAUUUUUAAAAGCACAUGGAAAGACAGGCUGCUUUCUGAGUCUGUCUCACUCCUGCGAUGUCAAAGGGAUGCAUUUUUCCAGAUGAAUCGGGGCCUCAAUUUCUCUUCUGUAUGAGUGGAGGAUUGUGGUUAGCCGGACUCCCUGACUUGUGUGUUGUCUCUCUUCAUGUUGCUGUUGUUGUUGCUGUUGUUAUUGUUGCCGUUGUUGUCGUUACGAGUGUGUGUAGUCCCUGCUGAUGCUCAUGUCAAUGUCCUCCCACUCGUACAGUAGUUAUUCUAAUGAUCAGAGCGACGAUAAUAGAUGUGUGUCCAUGAAUUUUGAGACACUAGAACACACAAAAAUAUACACACACGCAGAUUCACAUCACAUCGGUUGUGAGCUCGCUGGUGUUCUGCUUUGUUGGUGUUUAGCUCCAUCUAUGGAGGUUUGCUUGGAAAUGAAUCUACACAUAUACAUACACACAUUUACAUGCAAAGACACAUAUAUACAAGCACACUCAUGCGGUGUAACCCUUUGUCCUGCUGCAGUGAACAGUGUUUUUAAAAGAUAAUCCUAUAUUUCAAUGCUUUAUAUAGUAUACAUCCAGUAAACAUAGAGUUUAUAAUAUACCUUGGUAUUUGAGCUGUUAGAGCUCCCUCUAGUGUUGGUUAGUAAAACUGCCUCUAAUCUGCCUACCUUCCAUCUUGUCUUUCCCCCUUUUUAUCUCCCUCUGUGUCCUUUUUGUUAUCUCUGCAUCUCUCUGUGCCUUGGUAGUGUUCUUUCAUAUAUUUAAAAUUUUUUUCUUGUUUUCCACUCAUAAAAUGUUUUAUGGGUUUUUUUUCUGGUUCCUUAUAAACUCCUUAUGUGUGUGUGUGUGUGUGUGUGUGUGUGUGUGUGAUGUCAAAAGUAGCUUAUAGGUUGAUUUGUGAGUCCUAUAUCCCUGAAGUCCUGAUCCCUAAAGUCAAUCACCCUGUCUGCAGUCCUCCUGUAACCAUUGAGAAGGCUUGUACGAGCCCAUAUAAGCGCCCUCCUGUAAGCUGUGAAAAAUUGGCUCUGCUCCUCCUCGGCUCCCCAGUUUUCAGUGGUCCCCCAUGUAGGCCAGACAGAGGAUCAACCACCAGUGUUCAUCCCAAUGAAGAGUCCACUUGUAUUUUUAUGCUCUUUGAAAACAAAGAUAUAUUUGAGAGACAGAUGGUUCUAUGUGAAUAACAAUAAUAAUGAUGAUAAUUAUAGACAUUGAAUUGAGGUGAGCUGAUUGAGCCUGUACAUUUAUGGUUGAGUUCUGGAUGUGUUGUGACGGCUGUUGUGCCAUGGUUGGGUUUAGGUUGUGUUUUCUGCUGUGACGAUGCAUUCCUGUACAGCUGUGAUCAGAAUAAAUGUAUAAAUUAAACCUUA